AUGGACGUCUUCGAUAAUCACGAAGACAGUUCUGAAUCCUCGAUCUCCCUUGCCUCGUCUGUCUUUACACAUGACCCUGACUUUUCGCCUUAUGGCUCGUAUGUUGUCGAAUCUGACGUCCCCGAUGAUAUGGAUGUGGACAUGGAUGAUGACGUCCAACAUCAGCAGCACUAUGGUCCUCCCACGUAUGAGUCCUUGAUACUCGAGAAUACUACCGUCCGUUCUGAUGCCUGCACAGCAGCAACAAUCGGGUCGUCGUCGGUCGUCUCCGCCUCCGAGACAAGAUGUCCCACUCCGGGAUCCGUCUCGGCCUCAGCUCCGGCAGCCGAUCUUCAAGUCCAGGAACCCCGGCCUUCAGACUCGUCGAUGACCAGUCCCGAUCCCGUCUCGCACGUGGUCGGCCGUGCUUCUGAUAUCCCCACCAGCGUUGAUUCCAUGUUCAACUACGGAUACGCCUUUGUCGUCCAAGAUGAUCAAGGACUAUGCGGCAUCGGAGCGUGGGUUGACAUUGCGACGAGUCCAUUUGUUGCCAAGAAGAAGCGGAUUACUCCGCGACAGUAG